CUUUUACAUAUCCCCCUCCCUCUUUAUUCUGCCUCCCUCCUCUCAUCUCUGUUUUGAUCGACACCGUCUCUCCAUCUGAAUUCUAGGGUUUCCAUUUCCCUGUUUUAAUGGGUCCCUAGCAGUGUACUCCAUCUGCGCAGGAUUGAAUUCCCCCUGCAAGCCCAUCCUCAGGAGCUUUCCCAAUGUCUUCAAUGGAGGUUCUGAAGAUGGAGGAGACUCAGGAUAACAAGAAAAUUGAUAACCACUUGAGUUCAGCAGCUGCUUUUGUGGAAGGAGGGAUACAAGAAGCAUGUGAUGAUGCUUGUAGCAUUUGUCUGGAGGACUUUUGCGAAAGUGAUCCUUCAACAGUGACUACUUGCAGGCACGAGUUUCAUCUCCAAUGCAUUCUUGAGUGGUGUCAAAGAAGCUCUCAGUGUCCUAUGUGUUGGCAGUCCAUUCAUCUGAAGGACCCUACCAGUCAGGAAUUGCUCGAGGCAGUAGAGCGUGAGAGGAACAUCCGACUCGCUCCACCGAGACAUGCCACAAUAUUCCAUCAUCCCACUCUUGGCGAUUUUGAGUUGCAGCAUUUACCAGUUGGUGCAACUGAUGCCGAUCUCGAAGAGCGUAUCAUCCAGCACUUGGCGGCAGCUGCUGCUAUGGGGCGAGCACACCACCAUUUUGGCAGGAGGGAUGGCCACAGGGGACGGCCUUCGAGUCAUAAUCGUCCUCAUUUCCUGGUCUUGUCCGCUCAUCCCAGCUCUCGUGAGGGUUCUGUGGCACUGUCGGGAGAUGACCCUGAAGAACCUGUAGGUGUUUCUAGUCCGUCAAUGCCCAUUAUAUCAUCCAGCAGGGACGGGUCAUCGAGGCACAUAUCUGUUCAAGCCAAUCAGAUAUCUUCUUCAAUGUCUGGAGCUACCCUUGUGCCCCCUAUGAGCAGACAAGGGAUUGCUUUUGCUGAUAGGGGCUCCGUUGGCCACCAUUCUCCACCAAUACAAGACAGAGCGGGCCCUUCCGACUUUCAAUCUUUUUCAGAAUCUCUAAAAUCUAAAUGGAAUGCAGUCUCUAUGAAGUACAAGGAGUCGAUUUCAAAGAGCACUAGAGGGUGGAGAGAGAAGUUCUUCGCUCGCAAUACUUCGAUGGGAGAUCUCAGUCCUCAAGUCAGGAGAGAAGAGAAUGAGGAAAUUAAUAGCAUUACUUGUGGAAUGGAGCGCCUCGAGGCUCGGGAAAACACCAGAGCUAGCAUUACUCCGGAGUCAUCUGAUGACACUAGCAAUGUUUCUGUUCUUGACACAAUAAAUCAGAGGAAUGCUGAGAAUCAGGGAAACAUUCCGUUGACUGAUGGCAACACAUCAAUAUCCCACGCUGCUGCUGGUUCUCUCUCUAAUUGAGUUGCUGGAAAGGUUUUAGCAAUCACAUCUAUCCUCAGCAUCUCAUAUCUGGAGGUUGUGCAAACAGAAAUAGCUGGUGACAAUAGAUAUCUAUUAUAUCUGUGAUUCAUGUAUGCUUCAGACUACACGUUUGGCGAGCUAGAACUAAAUCCUCCAUUCCAUCGUACCCGGCAAGCUAUUAUGAUUUUGUUACUCAAUUAUCACUUCCUCAAAAUAUCUGAUCUAGUCUGGGUUUACAGGACAACUUUAUGCAUCUGUUCAGAUAUGACAUCCUGGGGAAGUAGAUGCUUUGCGUUUGCAAGGUGCUCGGGUGCUCAUCAAAGUAAAUGGGGGAUGCAAUGGUUUGACCUGUGUUGUCGAUACUUUGAGAGGGGCAGGAGGGUCUCGAACUGGACAUACAUUUUCAGUUGUGGAUCUAUAUGUUCUUUGUAAAUUUGUUAAUAUUAUGUUAAAUCGGAUGUUCCUGACAGGAUCCGUAUCUACUGUUCUGGAAAGAUACAUGGCGGUUCAGAUAUUUGAUGAUAAUUUGACCGGGUGAAAUAAUUUUAAACCAAAUGAUAACUGUUAUCGGAAAA